CCCAAAAAUCUGCUUGUGUGUUUUGCAGUCAGUCAGUCAGUGUAGACAGUGUGAGCGCCGUCUCGAAUACAAAAAGGACACCUUCAUAGGUUCGACACACACAAAGCUUGUCAUUUCUCUUGCAACCCCCAGCCUCAGGUAUGAGAACCGGCUUAGUGUUCCUUUGCUUGCUGGCGGCGGCAUUUGCCCUGUCGGUAAAGAGCAAACCCCAUGGAAAACAUCAUGGAUUGCAUAAGACGUCCCACAAAGCCAAAGAAAAGGACAUUAUCUCAGAGGAGGCCGACAAGCCACAGAUCUUACCCACUCUAGUCACGUUUGAGGCAGGCACUCAGGAGCAGGAAGACGACGAACUGAGCUCCCAAGAUAAUGCUAAUGUGAAAAAGGAGGAGGGAGAGUUUGAGGAGACUGAAGGGAGCAACAAAAACCGAGCAGUUCUGCUAAGCGAGGAGGAGUUGGUAGACAUCUUGAAGAAAGAAGUACUAGAGGAGCAGGAGGCAGAAGAUCGAGUGCUAGAGGACGGCGAAGAAGUGGAGACGGAUAUGAGCAAGGUGGAGCCUAGUAAGGUCGUGGAGGACGAAUCUGAGGUGAAGGAGAGGAAGUUGGGCGAAAAACUAGAAAUGGAGGUGACAGAUGAGGAUGAAGAAGAAGAAGUAAAAGAUGAGAGCGUAGAGGACACUGAAAUGCUGGACAAAGGCGAAGUUGAGGUGGAAAAUGUGUCCCUCAAGGAAAAGGAAGAAAUCUCUGCUGUAAAAAAAGCAGACAGAGAGGAGGGAGGUUCGUUGCUGGAGGAAUCAGACGGAAGCACAGAGUCAGACAUUGCCGUUGAUGUCAACUAUGCUGCUGAUAGUGGCAUCGUACAACCGCUACAGAGCGCAUCCGCUAAAAUAAAACCAAAAAAAGAGGCUAAAGAGAGGGGAACCCGUCACAAAGCACUGACCUCCAUGCCACAAAACAGUGAGGCAGUCGUGAGGGAGGAAGUGUCCGACCAGGCCGGAUCCAACAGUGCCGAUGAAGUUAAUGUGGAUCCUCAAGAACCAAAGAGCAGAUCAGGGUUUAAACCUGGUUCCGAAGCAGCUGCAAAGGAGGAAGAGGAGAGUAAGAAUGACAGCGGAAGUCACUCCGAGGGGAAAACAAGGAUGCAAAAGAAGAACAGGAGGGCGAGGAAGCACUCUCCACAGACCGAGGAAACACAGAACCCAACGGUUCCUCAGGCGUCUGAGGGCAGCAGUGUUGAUAAUACAGCCCAAAAGGCCAAGAGGAGGAGGGCAGGAAAAUGGGGUCCUUUAGUAGGAAUGAAUCCAGUGCAGAUAAGAGCCACACUGGAUCUCUACCCGAGCUCCAGGGCCCCUCUUGGUGGAGGCAUAAAUAGCUCAGAAGCCCCUGCCGAUCCUUGUAACAACUUUCCCUGCAAACGUGGAAAGACGUGUAAACUCGACGCGGACGAUAAGCCGAGCUGUGUGUGUCAAGAGCCGUCAAAAUGUCCCCCCGGUGUGAAUGACUUUGAUCAUGUUUGUGGAACAGACAACCAAACGUACGUUACAUCGUGUGAACUCUUUGCUACCAAAUGCAACCUGGAGGGCACUAAGAAAGGGCAGAGGCUUCAUCUGGACUACACGGGGCCGUGCAAACUGAUACCUCAAUGUGUGGACACUGAACUGAUCCAGUUCCCUCUACGAAUGAGAGAUUGGCUGAAAAAUGUGCUGCUGCAGCUCUAUGAGCACGACUUUAUGUUUCCUGGCUUACUCACACCUAAACAGCGCUUCAGAGUGAAGAAAAUCUCUGAGAGUGAGCGGCGUCUUCAUGCUGGCGACCACACUGUGGAGCUGCUAGCGCAGGACUUUGAGAAGAACUACAACAUGUACAUCUACCCAGUGCACUGGCAGUUUGCACAACUGGACCAACACCCUUCUGACAGAGUCUUGUCCCACUCAGAGCUGGCCCCACUUCGGGUGCCACUGGUGCCGAUGGAGCACUGCACCUCCCGCUUCUUUCAAGAGUGCGACGCUGACAAGGACAAGCAGGUGUCCUUUAAAGAGUGGACUUCCUGUUUCGGUAUCAAUAACGAUGAUAUGGACGCCAACCUGCUAUUUUGAGGUUCUUUUUUGACCUCCAUCGACUACAUAAGCAGCUUGAGAUGGUACAGCAUGGUGUUUGUGCAGCCUGAAGAUUCCACGACCCUCAUAACAACCACAAGAAACUCAUUUUUACUUCCUGCUAUAGAGAGCAAGUGUUGUUGGUCAGUGCUGUUAUUUUGUGUCAGCCUGAGCUUUGGAACCAAGAUUUGUAUUUAGACUAAGCCGCUAGACUUAUUUCAUUAGAUUACAGUAAAGCGUUAUGUUUAGCUGUUGUUUUUUAACAUAAACUGUUUCUUGAUGCAUUCCAAACUGGGGAAUCAUCAGCUCAUUAAUAGCAAGUUAAAGUAUUUAGUAAAACAGAACUGUGUUGUUUUAUGGAGUGAUUUAGUAAAUAAGUACUCUUUAAAUGAAGGUGAAGUCAUUCUACAGUGGGAAAACAGUUACUGUAUUUUUAUCUUAGUGGUACAUUUUGUAAAUGUUUGUCUGCGCGUGUACGCUUCCUUGCGGCUUAAUUCAAUCUUACUGAAAUAAAGUUAUUGCAUCAUA